UUGUAGUUGAAAAGCCAUCUCCUGAUAUUCCAACUCAACUUAAACCUCUUUGCCUUCCUUUGCAAUUGUUACAAACUAUAUAUUCUUGCUUACCUCUCAAUAUUCAACAACAAUAAUAAUGAUGAAGAAAGUAGUGUUGAAGGUGGACUUCUAUGAUGAUAGAAUCAAGCAAAAAGCCAUGAAGACAGCAUCUGGCCUUUCAGGGGUUGAAUCAGUUUCUGUGGAUACGAAAGACAAGAAAUUGAUUUUAUCUGGGGACAUUGAUCCUGUACGUGCAGUGUCCAAGCUAAGAAAGUGUUGUCACACAGAAAUAGUUUCAGUAGGACCUGCAAAAGAGGAAAAGGACCCAACAAAUGUACCUGUUCCUCUCGAGCUUUAUCAUCAUAUGACAACACCACAAUAUGGUCAAAAUUACUAUGUUAGAAGUGUAGAAGAGAAUCCCAAUGGUUGUGUCAUAUGCUAAAUUUCAUAAUAUAGAAAGUUGGGAUUAAUGUUUCUCGUAUGGAGAUAAUUUUGGGGUUUCGGGUUGUUUGAUAAAAUACAUUGUGGUCUUUAUCUUUUCUUUUCUUUUUUUGGUUAGUUUGGUUUUUAUUUUUCAUGAUCUAGAACGAGAGCUAAAGUGUGUCCAAGAAAGUAAUAUGUUGUGUAGGAAUUGGGCGUCAAAUGUUUGAUCAGACUUUUUUGUCAUUAAGCAAA